AUGAAGCUUUUUUCCGCCAUAAUUUCCACUGCUUUUUCCCAGUCUUGCACAGGAUCUGAGAGCUUCGACGAUGCCGUAACUACUUGCUCGCCUAAUCAAAUGACCAUCGAAAUCCCUGCUUGCGCCUUCGCAAACGCUCGAAUGGACGCUGCAGGCGCGUACCUUGCCGGCGUCGAUUUCGGCGAGCUUGUUGCCGAUGUCGAGAAUAACUGCACCGGUACUUUCGACGCAGGCUCUGACAACUGGGUUUUCACUUUGUCGAACGAUAUCUCGGAGUGUGGCUCGCUAGUGGAGAACAACGGCACUUUUGUGACCUACUCGAAUGCUGUUCAGUCGACUGUCGGUACCGAGAACAAGAUCAUCACCCGAAAACGAGACAUGAAAGUCGGAUUCUCCUGUGCCUUCCCACUCGAGGUCACUCUGUCCGCUGCCAACGCGAUCAAUCCCGUCCUUACUCACUUCGAGCUCGACCUUGGUUCAGAGGAGGGUGUUUUCGACGUUCAAAUGGGACUUUACUCAGAUGCCAGCUUCGCUACUGUAGUUGACUCUACUUUCACUGUCAAUAUCCCAGACGAUCUUCACGUAGCCAUCGGUAUCACCGACGAGACGGACAUGGUCACUGUUCUCGAGACUUGUUGGGCUACUCCCGACUCCGACCCCGCCAACCCCACCCAAUACACGUUUUUGGAGAACAAGUGUGGCAGCCACGACGAAGUCAACGUUUACCAGUCCCUGGAUGUUCAGGCCAACGGUCUUGACCGAAUUUCUACUUUCUCGAUCGAGUCCUUCAACUUCCAGGGCGAAGAAGGUGGCGAUAUCUUCCUCCACUGUGAUGUUCAAAUCUGCGACCCAAAUCAGGAAUCAUGCGUACCAGACUGCUCCAGCGUGGGCGCCCGAAAGAGAAGAUCUGCCAGUAGCGACGAACACGUUCUCGUCGUCCUUGGUCCUAUUUUCGUUGGUGGCCCCAAGUAA